AUGAAGUUGGCUCGCUUUUUCCUCUGUCUCUUUGCCCUGUUCUAUGGGGUCAUUGCGGUGAAGAAAGAGUUGUUCAAGACGUGCGAUCAAUCUGGGUUCUGCCAUAGAAAUCGUCACUACGCACAGGAGAUAGCAAAGACAAAGAAGUCCUACUACACUGUGGCUAGAGACUCGGUCCAAUUGGGUGAUUCGAAGAUCUCUGGUGACAUCCACAAGGUUCUCAACGACUCGCAUGUGGUGAAGUUGCCCUUUGAAGUUGAUAUCCUGGAGAACGAUAACAUCAGGGUCAGGAUUGAUGAGGACCGUUCUCAGGUCAACUGGGGCAGCAAGCUGCUUCAAAAGGAAAGAUAUAGUGGGGCUCAUAAGUGGGCAUUUGCCACUGAACCAACGCCAUCGAAGGACUACCAAGUGGAAGAGUCUGGUGAUGUGAUCUCUGUGAGCUACGGUGGCGGGAAGUACACGCUGGAGAUCCAUCUUGGAACGUUCCAGGUCGUGGUGAAGUACAAGGGUGCGGUUCAGGUUGUGCUCAACGAGAAGAACCUAUUGAAUGUAGAGCAUUAUAGAGUAGAAGAGGACAACGACGCUAACAGGCUCCCAGAUGAGUCCGAUUUCGACGCUUUCCACGACUCAUUCAAGGAUUCAAAUGCGGAUUCUCUACCAUUUGGUCCUGAAUCUGUUGCACUGGAUGUGACUUUUAACGGGUUUAAAUAUGUCUACGGUAUUCCAGAGCACGCUGACUCUCUCGUGUUGAAGGAUACUAAGAGUUCAGAGCCAUACCGUCUGUACAAUGUUGAUAUCUUUGAGUAUGAGACUGAUUCAAAACUGGCAAUGUAUGGUGCAAUUCCGUAUCUGGUUGCUCAUAAACCAGGCCUCUCCACUGGAGUGUUCUGGAUUAACGGUGCUGAUACAUACGUUGACAUUGAUAGAGAAGAGGAAUCCUCUGACGGUGUAAUCACCUCAAAGGAAUCUACAAGUGCCCAUUGGAUGUCUGAGAACGGAAUUAUUGACGUUGUUAUUCUCAUUGCUGAAACGCCAGAGCAAAUCACAGAGAACUAUGCCUCAUUAACCGGUACAACUCCACUACCUCAGUUGUUCUCCCUUGGCUACCAUCAGUGUAGAUGGAACUACAACGAUGAGGAUGACGUGCUCCAAAUCACUGAAAACAUGGAUAAGCACAACAUUCCGUACGACACGAUCUGGUUAGAUAUUGAGUAUACUGAUAGCAAGAAGUACUUCACGUGGAAGAAGGAGUCCUUCCCUGAUCCUGAUGGUAUGCUGAAGAAGUUGGCUUCUACUGGUCGCAAUCUUGUUACCAUUAUCGAUCCACAUAUCAAACUGGGCUACGAGGUGUCUAAGAACCUGGAGGCUAACGAUAUGGCAGUCUUGAACAAAGAAGGCAAGCCAUUCCAUGGACACUGUUGGCCAGGCGAGUCCAUCUGGAUCGAUACUUUCAAGUCCAGUGCGGUGGACUACUGGACGACUCUGUUCCAGAACAACACCGAAUUCUCUGGCGAUGCCACGAAUCUCCAUAUCUGGAACGAUAUGAAUGAGCCAUCAGUGUUCUCGGGUCCUGAAACGACGUCUCCAAAGGAUCUGAUCACCCAUGAAAGUGUUGAGAUUAGAUCUGACCAUAACAUAUAUGGCAUGACAUACCACGAGGCAACAUUUGAAGCCAUGAAAGCCCGUUACGGUAACAAACGUCCAUUCAUCCUUACCCGUGCUUACUUUUCCGGGUCCCAAAGAACAGCUGCUAUGUGGACUGGUGAUAACAUGUCCAAAUGGGAAUAUCUCAAGAUCAGUAUCCCGAUGAUUUUGACCCAAAACCUCGCCGGUAUGCCAUUUUCUGGUGCAGAUGUCGGUGGAUUCUUUGGUAAUCCUUCCAAGGAGCUAUUGACCAGAUGGUACCAGGCUGGUAUUUGGUAUCCAUUCUUCAGAGCACACGCACAUAUCGAUGCUAGAAGAAGAGAGCCAUGGAUCGCUGGUGAACCAUACACUUCUCUGAUGACAGAGGCUGUGAAGCUGCGUUAUUCGCUUUUACCACUUUGGUAUACGAAGUUCUACGAGUCGAGUUUGACCGGUACGCCUGUGAUGACUCCUCUGUUCUAUAGAUUCCCUGACGAUGAGGCUACUUUUGCUAUUGAAAACAGCUUCUUCGUUGGUGAUUUGCUCGUUACACCUGUUACUGAGGAAGGUGCUGAAAAGCAAACCGUUUACCUCCCAGACGACUCAAAAUACUUUGAUUACAAGACCUUUGAAGUGUUGCAAGGUCGUGGUGAACAUGUGGUUGAUGCACCAUUGGAAAAGAUUCCAGUGUAUAUCAAGGAUGGGUCCAUUACACCAAGAAAGGAUAGAUACAGACGGUCGUCUAAGUUGAUGAAAUACGAUCCUUAUACGCUAGUUGUUGCUCUUGACUCCAAUGGAGAGGCACAGGGCAAGUUAUACAUCGACGACGGAGAAACGUAUGACUAUGAGCAUGGUGAUUUUGUCUAUCUCGAUCUGACCUUCAGAGAUGGUGUCUUGAGCUCACAAGUGCUGAACGGUUCGAUGGACGUCUCAAACACAUUGGAGAGAGUAAUCAUCUUGGGCAGUGAAUCUGUUGAAAGUGCAACUGCAGAGCAGGCUGGUGAGACUAGAGGUUUGUCUGUUGAAUCUAAGGAAAACUACAUUGUUGUUAAGAACCCGGGUGUUGUCAUGGGGAAACCAUGGAAGAUCAACUUGUUGUGA